CGGACACACUUGCCAAGUAUAACUGAGAAUGUUAAGGGCAAUCCUUGACUCGGCAGCUCGAGCAGGCUGUGUGCUAAAAGCAACUUCGAAACAAGCCCUAUAAAUAGCCGUUCAUUGUCAGCGGGAGUGAAAAGACAAGAGGGAGCAUGCGGCGCUGUGAUUCAGGCCUAAUUAAGGGGCUGAGUCGGCGCAGGGUUAUAAGCGAAGAGCGGCUGCAACUGAUCAUCCAGUCAGUCGGCCACUGCAAGGGUUCAACACCAGCAACCUAGGCGGGACAGAUGCUAGCUUUGCCUCCGCUAUGGCAAAAGUCAUCUUGAGGCACCUCGUAGAGACUCCAGUGCGAUAUGAGGAGCAGUUUGAAGCUCGAGGUUUGGAAGACUGCAGGCUGGAUCACGCUUUAUAUGCACUGCCCGGGCCAACCACCGUGGACCUGGGGAAGGCCGGGGCCGCCCCGGCUCCCCCCGUGGACUCCGCCGCAGAGAUGCCGCCGCAGAGAGGCGAAUCCCGCUUCCAGAUCCUGCUGGACGUGGUCCAGUUCCUCCCCGAAGAUAUCAUCAUUCAGACCUUCGAAGGCUGGCUGCUGAUCAAGGCUCAACAUGGAACCAGAAUGGACGAGCAUGGCUUUAUCUCGAGAAGCUUCACCCGGCAGUAUAAACUGCCCGACGGCAUCGAAACCAAAGAUUUGUCUGCCAUCCUCUGUCACGACGGGAUUCUGGUGGUGGAAGUCAAGGAUCCAGCUGGGACCCAGUGAAAUCCCACCGCUUCCUAUUCAUACGGCAGGAGGAAGAUUCUAAUUCAGCCUGUGGUAUCACGAGAAUGUUUGAGCCACGUUUGAAGUGAUUUUUAUGAAGAUUAAAAAUCUAGGCAUGGUUCUGGUAUGUUGACGUUGUCUUUGUUAUUAUUACUCAAAAAGGAAAAUUGUUAAAUUUGUACCUAGGGCUCAAAUUGAUGCUAUUCUUACAUUGGAAGCAUUGACAAUUUAGGCGAUUGAUACUAGAGAGGAACUCAGUUAUUUCUUUGUUACUCCAGCAGUGCCAGAGAAGCUGCAUUUGUAACAACUGAUGGCAGAAGAACCACACAAAUCCCAGAAAUUCUUAUUCAUUUUAUGAAAACUUUUUAUAUUGAGAAAAAGGGUUGUGAUCCCCUACGCUUCAUAAGCUUUACUUUUCAGUGUUUUAUUACAGUGGAACUUUGUAAACACGGAGUCUAGAUGUUAAAAUACAGUACUUGGAUAUUGGGUCUGAAAUACAUUUAUGAGUCACUGUAUUUGUUACUGCUUGAAACUUACAUUGGUAUUUUCAGAUGUAAGUCUUAUUUUUCAA